AUGACUUAUACAAGAGUGUUCAGUAUUGUUGCCUUGAUUACUGUGGCCUUGGUAUGUGCUGCCGCACAACCAUCACUCCAGGUACCACGUUGCGAAGUUGGCUCAACAAUGGCUACAGACUUCUUCUUGGACGAUGGCUCAGCACCAGCCAUUCAACAGACUGCAGUCAAUGUUUGCUACGAUGACGAGUACAUCUACUUGAAGCCAAUGUGCACUGAUAACGACAUCAUGUCACCAUUCACCGAGUGCAACCAAGACCUCUUCCAAUCAGACGUGUUUGAGGUGUUUAUCUCGGAAGGUUUCAACCAGCCCACGAACUACCUCGAAGUAGAGCUGUCGCCCUACGGCGUGCUGUUCGUCUCCAAUGUCGCCAACACAGACAAUGACUGCUCGGGAAUCACCGACACGCUGAUCGACUGUGGGGCCAGUGGCAUCCAGUACAACUCGACUGCAACACCCACUGGCUGGCUCGGCUACCUGGCCCUGCCAUUCAGCACGAUUCAGAAUGCCACGUACGCCGCCAGUGCCGUGAGACCCGACUCGUACGGCACACAAUUCCGCAUGAACAUGUAUCGCAUUGACACACCAUCCCAAACCUACGUCAAAGAGUACAGUUGCUGGAAUCCAACAGACAAGUCACCUGCCUGUUUCCACGUGCCAUCAACAUUUGGAUACAUCACAUUGGUCUGA